AUGAGCACGAGAAGAAGCCGAAAAGGCUACGAACCGCUACACGAGGAGGCUAUCGGUGCAGAUUUGGUGCCUAAGCUUAACCGAACCACAAGCACGUCGGCCAAAAUCCUCACGAGCUGCUCAAAAAAGAUAAAAUGUGUAAAUGCUCGCGAAAAAACUCCGGAGGAGGAAGAAAAAGAGGCGAUCAAGAAAGCUAGCAAAAUCCAUCCUCUUUUCGGUCUUUUCGAGACGACGUCGCGGAAGAAGAAGCCGACAGCAAACCCGAAGUUCUCCAAGUAUUUGGAGUACCUUAAGGAAGGAGGGACUUUGGGUCAUUAA